CAAGUAACCAAACGCUCGUAAAUGGCCAAGUCAGUUCAGUAAUCAGAGCAAAGCUUCUUCAACCAAACGUUCGCAAGGAAACAGUGAUCGGAGAGCAAUGGGGUUUCAGUACAGAACUCUAGCAAAGGCGGUGCGGCGGCGCACCGCGAGCAGUAUUUCACCACCGCCACAGCCGCCGCUCGUCCUCUCGCGAUCCUUCGCGCAUUUGUCGUCCGAGUUCGCGGGAAAGCGCAGGUCUCCUCCUCGUCGUCAUUUUGGCAUUGCGUUCGAUAUCGACGGCGUCAUUUUUCGCAGCGAAUCGCCAAUCGGCGGCUCCCCUCAAGCGCUCAAACGCCUCUACGACGAAGAAUCCGGUGCCUUACGGAUCCCUUACGUUUUCCUGACCAAUGUUGGCUGUAUGUUCCUUGCUGUUAAAUGGGCUUUGAUGGUGUUGCUGACAAGUAACUUCUCCCUGAUUUUCCAGGUACUACAAGGUCAUACUCCCUUUAAGAAUUUGGUGCAGAGGCUUGAGAAUGAACUUGUUGUUGCAGUUGGAAAAGGAGAGCCAGCUGCAGUGCUGUCUGAAUAUGGAUUCAAAAAAGUUGUUUCUAUAGAUGAGUAUGCAUCCUGUUUUCCUGGGAUUGAUCCACUUGCACCAUACAAGAAUUGGGAAGUUAAACAGGUUCCCAAACACAAUGGGGUUUCAGAAGCCAGAACCUCAACCGACAAUAUUUGUUCACAAAGAGUACAGGCUGUGUUUGUUGUCAGUGAUUCAAUUGAUUGGAGCAGAGACAUUCAGGUUCUCUGUGACAUUCUAAGAACAGGAGGUCUUCCGGGAAGGGAGAUUGGACACCAGCCACAACUUUAUUUUGCUCAUGAUGACCUUGCCUACCAGGUUAGUAAUGUUACUUUUGCAGGCUUGAGGUAUCAAUUUUCAGUUCAGGCUGCAUUUCCUUCAGAACGUUUUGGUUUGGGAGCUUUCAGAAUUGCACUAGAAUCCAUCUUCAACAGAAUUCAUCAUGAUCCUCUUAGUUAUACGUGUUACGGGAAACCAAAUCCAUUUGUGUUCAAGAAUGCUGAAGCUGUGUUAAAGCAAUUGGUUUCUUCUUGCACCGACAGUGGACUAGCCCCUGACAAUGCAAGUACAGCAGUGCAUAAUUUUGAAAGACUAUAUAUGGUAGGAGAUAAUCCAGACGUUGACAUCAAAGGCGCACGGCAGGCUGGAUAUCCUUGGUUCUCAAUUUUGACUAGAACUGGGGUUUUCAAGGGAACCGGAAACCAUGACAAGUUUCCAGCUGACUUGGUUGUGGAGACUGUAGAAGAGGCUGUAGAUUACAUUAUAAGAAAGGAGUGCAGCUGACACCAGGCUUAGUUCCGGAACAAGUCUUUUUCGAUCGACAUGUCUUGCAAAAACAGAGGAGAAUCAGUACUCAGGUGAACAAGAACCAUAUUGCAUCACCCUCUGUGGCUUAGAUUUUGAAGAUGCUAGACCUCCUUGUUUUUGCAUAUGCUUUUAGAAUACAUUAUAGCACAAAGGAAACUGUUCAGGUGCUUAUUUUCUUAAUUGGUUGUGUUUAAAAUCAGCUGUCAAUGUACUCAGUGUUAUUAUAUCAAAUUUCUUGGCUUAUUAUUAUUGAGUUCCUCGGACAAUGGAAAUUAA